GUUCUUCUUGCCCGGUUAGAUGAGUACGAAGUCUCGGACUCGUGCUCCCAGUUGUCAACAAAAUCACGACAAAGUGAUACCGAACUACAGCAAACAGGAGCUGAAGUGGAAAUCAAGGAGAAAGGGGCCAACACCUCUAAAAAGGGAAUUAGUCAAUCAGCACUAAAAAUAGAGGAAUGUAAUAAAUCCGAAUUAUCCAACCUGUCAUCAUGCACCAAGCAAAGAAACAC